CUUCAACGCCAGAAUCUUCACCGCAACCAUGCUCCCCGACGAGAUCCUCGAGCAACUCAAUAGGGAAUUCCCAUGCCGGGAAACACAGAUCCACCAGCUGGCUGCACUCUACUCUCAGCAUCUUCCCUCCCCGCCUCUCCUCGUCGCCCACGGACUGACCGCAACCGGGAAAUCCUCGAUCGUUAAGUCGUACCUUCAGCUAUCGUCUCUUCCUUUCGCCGUUGUCAAGUCGCGAGAAUGCAUAACGGGACGGCAUCUGCUUGAGCGAAUUGUUGCGUCUUGUCUCGAUGCGCUGGACGAGUACGACGAUGAGCGGACGGAUAGGAGACCGUAUGCGCGGACGGAAAAUCUGAGUAGCUUAACUGUGAAUUUGCAGAAGAUGCUGGAGGGGAAGGGGAAGUUUGUGCUUGUGCUAGAUGGGAUUGAUAGGCAGAGGGAGGCUCCGCCUACGCUGAUGGCUGCUCUAGCGAGGUUUGGGGAGAUUAUCCCCAACCUCUCCGUGAUCCUCAUAACCACCCUCCCGCAAACACACGCCCUCCACAAACCCGGCAUCCCACACCUCCAGUUUACGCCCUACCCGCGCUCCUCUCUCCUUACCAUCCUCUCCCAACGACCCCCGAACAUCUUCCUCACACCACCAUCUACCGAGAAAUUCCCAGACUACACACUUGACCUCGCCGCCGAAGACGACGCCUGGCUCUGGGGUCGUUUCCUCGGGGCAGUCUAUGACUCGCUAUCCAAACACACGGGACGCGAUCUCGCAAGCUUCAAGAACUGCGCCAUGAGGCUAUGGUGGCCGUUCGUGGAGCCCAUCGUUGCCGGGCAAUUCGGGACGCGAGAUUUCAGCAGGCUGAUGGUCAACAGACGACACCUGUUCCAGCUCGAGGAUAGCGUUCUAGAUCGCAUCAUCCCCACCUCCACACAACUCUCAUCCACCGCUCCCUCAGGAACAACGCUCCCCACAACCCCAAGCACAAAGCGAAACACCCGCACAAUCACCCACUCCCUCCCCUACUACACCACCUACCUCCUCAUCGCAGCCUACCUCGCCUCCUACAACCCCUCGCGCACCGACAUAACCUACUUCAUGAAGCACACGGACAAGCGUCGCAACAAGCGCCGCGCCUUUUCCUCCACCACGGCUUCCAAACACCGCAAGAUCUCGCGGCAUCUGUUGACACCCAGCCCGUUUAGUCUUGACAGGCUACUGGCCAUUUUUAGGGCGCUGUUGGAUGGGACUGUGCCGCAGUUGGCGGAUUUGUUGACACAGAUUGCGACGCUGACGAGCUUGAGGUUGUUGGUUAGGGUGGGGGUUGCGGGGGGGAGUAGCGAUGUGUUGGAUGCCGGCGCGAGGUGGAGGGUGGGGUUUGGGUGGGAGUACGUGAGGAGUUUGGGGAGAGUGGUGGGUUUGGAGGUUGGGGAGUAUCUUGUUGGGGGUGUGGAUUAG